CGACAAAGACAUGAGUCAACAGCUGAACCAACAGCCGCUGGAGAGUCCAAACCUGGACGCCGUCCACUCGGCCCUCAAGUCUGUCAAACUCUUGAGGUGUACUGUCGGCGAUGUCUUCAAGUGUUUGGCCGACUGUCCGCUGAUUGUCAACAAUGACAAGUCGGGCGACGAUUACGGAACCGUUGGCGGCAACAGUACCACCAACUCUACGACCGGCGGCGGCAACAACACGACCGGCGCCACAAACACCGCCCCACCGGUCGCUCAGCCAUCGGCGGCCACUAUCGCACAGUUGACUGAAUUGCAGACACUGUUGUCGGCGGUCAACAAUCGGUUCCGCGAGUUGGAGACGGCGUGUACUUUACUGACACCACUAAACGCGGGCCCAAUGAACCUAUCGCUGGGCAACUCAUCCCAUUUGGGUCAAGACCCGCACUACGACAAGACCAAUCUGUACGCCGAUAUGAUCAGCGCCUACCGCUGGUCAGACAAAAUGGUGGAGUACUCAACACUGGCGGCCACUUAUCUGCAGCAGAACCCACUGCGACGGUCGCACAUCACUCCCAUCUACGUCAAGGGACGACCGCAGCGGCGGCCGCCCAACGGCCACAAUAUCGGCGCCCAACAGAUCGACAUAUUCAUCGGCACUUUGCAGCGACUGCUGCCCGACCUGACCAUCGAAGUCACGCGACCCUUCGGAGCGCCCACUGUCCUGAAGGUGACGAUACCGCGAGUGCUGAGGGCUGUCAUACUGUUGAGAGGGUUACUCAUUGAAUGGGUUGUCGUGAAGGGCUUCGACGAGACCUUCGAUGACCCGAACUUCGACAACAGUCACGUGAAACGGUUGCGACGCUUCCCCGAGACGGCCGCAGUGACCGCCAAUAUGGAGACCGAACGGCUGGACAUCUGGUCGGAGUCCAAACACGAGGUGUUCCGGAAGGUGUCAGAGCACGCGAACGCAGCGAUGCUUCACUACUACUCUCCAAUCCAUUGCGAUGUUGCUAUCAGAACCUAUUUGAAUUGGCUGAAGAGCUACGCGAACCUAUUCUCGGCGCCGUGUCGUAAAUGCAACGCUCGGCUCCAGAACUUUAUGCCCCCGACGUGGAGGGAUAUCCGCACGUUUGAGCCCUACCACGAACAGUGCCGACCCUAACGGCCAGCCCUUCCUGUCCUCCAUAUACUCUACUUUCAUAUCCUGUGCUAUAUUUUGUACUGAAUUUAUUUGAAAACAUUUUGAUAUAUAAAAUACCCAAACAUUUAUGACUCUCGCGA